AAGAAGAAAACAACCCCCUCGUUUUUUUAACGAGAACACCGCAUUUCAUUAGUUUUACAGAAACGACGGAAAAUCAAAACGAGAAGAGGUGCAGCUAUCGAUUUUUUUGGACCUUAUAAUAUCAGGUACGCUGAUUAGAAUUCCGUUCUCGCGUCGUCUUAGAUCCGUGCCGAUUCUUGGAUUUUCAUUCCUACCCUUUUGCCGAUGUUUUCAGAAUCUGACGAUCUUUUGUCGGUUAUUUGAAACCCUAGGCCAUUGAAUUCCGAAGCAUUGGAUCGUGAAUUGAGGGAAUCGUGAUUUGGUAGGUUUGGGUUUUGGAGGAUUGAUGGAAAGAUAGAGGUAGAAGAAGAGAGAGAAAGACAGAGAGAGAGAAAGAGACAGAGAGAGAAAGAUACAGAGGGAGAAGGCGAGGGAGAGAGAGAAGAGAGAGGAUGGCGUCUGCGAAGAUGGGAGGUCCUUCAGCACCCGCCGUCCGUCGAGAUCCAUACGAGGUCCUGAGCGUGUCCCGGGAUUCGUCCGACCAGGAGAUCAAGACUGCGUAUCGGAAGCUUGCUCUCAAGUAUCACCCCGACAAAAAUGCCAGCAACCCUGAAGCUUCAGAACUUUUCAAAGAGGUGGCAUAUUCAUACAGCAUCCUUUCUGAUCCAGAGAAACGAAGGCAGUAUGAUAAUGCAGGGUUUGAGGCUUUGGAAAGUGAGGGCAUGGAUAUGGAGAUCGACUUAUCCAAUCUUGGAACUGUCAAUACGAUGUUUGCGGCUCUCUUUAGCAAACUAGGUGUUCCUAUCAAGACGACAAUUUCUGCUACAGUUCUUGAAGAGGCAAUGAAUGGAACAGUCACAGUUGGACCACUUCCUCUUGGGACAUCAGUUAGUGGAAAGGUAGAAAAGCAAUGCGCUCACUUCUUCGGGGUGACAAUCAAUGAUCAGCAAGCCCAAGCAGGGAUUGUAGUUAGAGUUACAUCAGCUGCACAAAGCAAAUUCAAGCUCCUUUAUUUUGAACAUGAGGCAAAUGGUGGUUAUGGGUUGGCAUUACAGGAAGAUAGUGAGAAGACUGGCAAGGUUACAUCCGCGGGGAUGUAUUUUUUACAUUUUCAAGUAUACCGCAUGGAUACAACGAUGAAUGCGUUAGCGAUGGCUAAAGAUCCAGAGGCUGCUUUCUUCAAAAGGUUGGAAGGUCUACAACCUUGUGAAGUCUCAGAGCUAAAAGCUGGCACCCACAUAUUUGCUGUUUACGGGGAUAAUUUUUUUAAGACUGCUUCCUAUACCAUUGAGGCUAUUUGUGCGAAGACAUUUGAAGAGACGACGGAGAAGCUUAAGGAUAUUGAGGCUCAGAUUUUGGCAAAGAGAAACGAAUUACGUCAGUUUGAAACAGAAUACAGAAAGGCCUUGGCACGCUUUCAGGAAGUCACCAACAGAUAUAGCCAAGAAAAGCAAUCUGUUGACGAGCUAUUGAAACAAAGAGAUGGUAUCCAGUCGUCAUUCACCACAAUGAGAACGGUUACCAAUGCGAGGGCAAGCGCGAGCAGUAGCAAAACUGCCAAUGAUGAAUUCAAGGCUGAGAGCCCGGCAGAGGAUGGAAAUGCAGAUGGAAAGGAUAAAUCCUCCAAGAAGAAAUGGUUCAAUCUCAAUCUUAAAGGCUCCGACAAAAAGCUGGGCUGAAAGGGCUUCCUUCCCUAAGUAUGAGCACAAGAUUGAGGCUGCCCGCUUGUAUUGUUGAAAAGUUCUUACUUUCCAUCCUCAUGCAUGCUAAUACAGGCACAGCCACCUGUGUAGGGGUCAGUGAAGGUCAGCGAUGUAUUUCUUUUUCUUCAUUUUUUUUUUUUUUUUGGUUAUGUUUUGUUAUAGAUUUUACAAUUUGAUUCUUGCAUGAAAUCUCAUUUGGAUGGCAUGUGUAUUUUUGUUUAUCCAUUAAAUGGGUCGAUCUCUUCACUCCCAAAACAGUUGCCUGUAGCAAUAUGAAAAAUAUAAACAUAUAUGGAUGUGAAAUCGUAAUAAAAACACAUUCUUUUCA